GCAAAUUCGGGCAAAUAGCUGGGGUGGAGGCGAAGGACCGCAAGAGGUGGGAACAAAUCAAGUCUGGACGCUGGGCCUAAAUUGGAUUUACUGCAAACAACGAACUUUGUCACCAAGUCCAAGCGAACCAAGUUUAGCUGCAACCCAAAACAAAAUCCAGCGACAUACAUGAAAGCCUGCACAAACAGCAAUCGGAAUCAGAAUGUUCUGAGCAUGGGGGCCAUGCCAACACAUCCGAUGUUUUGCAGCAUGGAGAGUAGAGACCGUGAUUGUCGGACUUGCACAAUUGGUGUGCUCAGUGUGCCGGGCACAUCAGGUCAGCUGAAACCCCACACGGCACCCGCAAUGCCGCGCCGCCCUCGGGUUCCUCCGGCACCUCGACGGCGCAUCCUGGCCACACGGCCAGCACCCAAAUCGAUUGAGCCUCAUGAAGCGGAGCAAAAGCGCCGGCCUAGCACUGUGGCUACAGGGUCUGAAGUGCGGAAGCGUUGGGAGCCGCAGCCCUGUCCCUGGUGUGGGGAGCUGGAGCCACCCACACAUCCCAAGCAGUGCAAGCUCCGACUGGUGGAAUGCAAGCACUGCAAGCAGAAGAUGGAGCUGGGCUCACUGCGACUUCACUUCAAAGGUUGUGCUGCUCGCCCAAUGGUUCAGCCUCCGAGAAGUACCAAAGCAGGAUCUGGCUUUUUGACCUUGCAUCGCCUUCAGUCCACGGCUCAACAGCUCUCGCGGCAGCUGCAAGAUGUCUUGGCACGCUUUGUGGGGCAGCUCCCUGAGCCAGAGCAGG